AUGUUCCCCAGCCCCGGGCUCACACCCACGCCGUUCUCCGUCAAAGACAUUCUGAACCUGGAGCAGCAGCAGCGCAGCCUGGCCGCUGGGGAGCUCUCGGCGCGCCUGGAGGCCACCCUGGCGCCCGCCUCCUGCAUGCUGGCCGCCUUCAAGCCCGAGGCCUACGCGGGGCCCGAGGCCGCGGGGCCCGGCCUCCCCGAGCUGCGCGCCGAGCUGGGCCCCGCGCCCUCGCCGGCCAAGUGCGCGCCGGCCUUCCCGGCCGCCCCCGCCUUCUACCCGCGUGCCUACGGCGACCCCGACCCCGCCAAGGACCUCCGAGCCGAUAAGAAAGAGCUGUGCCCGCUGCCGAAGGCGGUGGAGCUGGAGAAGCCCGAGGCGGACGGCGCGGAGCGGCCCCGGGCGCGGCGGCGGAGGAAGCCGCGCGUGCUCUUCUCGCAGGCGCAGGUCUACGAGCUGGAGCGGCGCUUCAAGCAGCAGCGGUACCUGUCGGCCCCCGAGCGCGACCAGCUGGCCAGCGUGCUGAAGCUCACGUCCACGCAGGUCAAGAUCUGGUUCCAGAACCGGCGCUACAAGUGCAAGCGGCAGCGGCAGGACCAGACUCUGGAGCUGGUGGGGCUGCCCCCGCCGCCGCCGCCGCCCGCGCGCAGGAUCGCGGUGCCCGUGCUGGUGCGCGACGGCAAGCCCUGCCUGGGGGACUCGGCGCCCUACGCCCCGGCCUACGGCGUGGGCCUCAACGCCUACGGCUACAACGCCUACCCCGCCUACACGGGCUACGGCGGCGCGGCCUGCAGCCCCGGCUACAGCUGCGCGGCCGCCUACCCCGCCGGGCCGCCCCCCGCGCAGUCCGCCACGGCCGCCGCCAACAACAACUUCGUGAACUUCGGCGUCGGGGACUUGAACGCGGUGCAGAGCCCCGGGAUCCCGCAGGGCAACUCGGGGGUGUCGACGCUGCACGGCAUCCGCGCCUGGUAG